UCCGUGAAUGAGCACGGUUGCGUAUGCUACGUCAUGUCCACGACUGACUCGGCCCUAAGAGCUCUCAUUGUUUUCUAAAUAUUGCAUUUAUUUUACCUGGCUCGCCGAGAUGACUAUGGAUUUGUUGAUUGCCUUUAAUUAACUCGACACUGUCUAGCUAGAAUUCUUUCCGCAUUCUCUAAAUUCCAAUCCAAGAGCCAGUGUUGUGCAGCACGCGAAAGGGAUCUGAACGAUAGCCAAUUCCUAUACUUCGGCCUGAUUGUGUCUCGUUCGAUUGGCCCAGGCAGAUGUCAGUCAAGACUCUUCAUGCCUGCAUGGAUCCCGUUGCAGGCUAAACACAGCAGCAUGGGCUGCGCGCAUUCCAACCGGCUAAAUAUAUCUGAUAGGGCCACAGGAGGGGAAGGACAGGGCGACAGGGCUUAGCUUUGGACAUUUAGCCUUCGUGCGUAAAACGAGAAAUUGUCCUUCUGAAACGUAGUAACGUGAGACCAAUCCAAAAUGCCCGCAAUUCCGAGUUCUAGGUCCAGGACGCGGGAUCGGAACAACGUCCUGAGCAGACCCGAGUUCAUGUCCCUGAAUCAGCCUCUCCGGUGCGUUAACUCUGAGACCCGUGGCACCGCAAGGCGACCGGCCCAACCCAAACACCAAGCAAGCCAACCGUGCGACCCGCAGGAACCUACCGACAGUGCCAACAAGGAUCGGAAAGAGCCCGCGAAACUGCCCGAUGAGGACUGUAUCCAGCUGAACCCUUCCUUCAAAGGGAUAGCGAUGAGCUCCCUCCUCGCCAUUGACAUUUGUCUGUCCAAGCGCCUGGGGGUCUGCGCCUACACGUCGUCGUCUUGGGGCAGCGUUCGUUCCAUGAUCACCCUGCUCGCGCUUACAGGGCACGGAAUCACGUGGAUCUUUGGCACUAUCGUGUGUCUGACAAGGAGUAAUACGCUGGCUGGACAAGAGGUCUUGGUCAAUCUAUUACUUGCCCUCCUACUUGACAUCAUGACUGUGGCCGGUGUCCAGAAGCUGAUCAAACGCAAAGGACCCUGGGAGAUGACUCCGGGCUUCCUGGACUACUGUGCCAUGGACGUGUACUCCUUCCCGGCGGCCCACGCCAGUCGCGCUGCCAUGGUGUCCAAGUUCCUGCUUUCCCACCUGGUCCUGGCCGUUCCACUCCGUAUCCUGCUGGUGCUCUGGGCCUUCCUGGUGGGCAUGUCCCGGGUGUUGCUGGGUAGGCACCACCUAACCGACAUGGCGUGUGGCUUCGCCCUUGGCCUGCUGCACUUCAGCCUGGUGGAGACGGUGUGGCUGUCGUCCAGCGCCUGUCAGACCCUCAUCUCUAUAGGGACCCUCAGCUGGAGCCCUUUCUAUUGAGGGCUAUCUACCAAGGCCCUCAACUCCUGUUUGAAGCUGUAAAGCCUGGCUUUAUGAAGCCAUAUAAGUAAGGCCAGGAGUUUUUCCUGACGAGAGUUUUUCCUGAUCAGGGCCUACUGUCUAAGGCUGUGUUAGACCUACAUAUAAGCUUUAUCUGUGAUGACAAUAACUUCUAUACACACAAUUAGGUCCUAUCUGGGUGACCUCAUUUACAGUAUUUGCCGUAAAUGUUAUUUGAGGGAGGUAAAUGUGCUCGUUGGAGUCAUUUUGAUCAUUGAUGACUCAAAGAAAGAAAAUGUGGUAGUGUUGAUAUUUAUUCAUAUUUACAAAGACUUCUGUAAUGUCUCUACCACCUUUUCUCUUCCACUGAACUAAUCAUAAUGCUUGAGAGCCCACACUGGCGUAUAUCUAAUGUUAUUGGUUCUCACUGCUGUCAGUUUCUUUCUUUUCUUUCUGCCUAUUCCACCACUCCUCACCUUCCUCUUUCUCUUCUGCAUACUUUUCCUCUCUCCCCCGUUCCUCUUUCCUCCUGUCUGUCAACCUUUACCCCUUUUUGUCUUUUGAAAUGUUUUUAAUUGUACUUGAUCAAAAUAUUGCCCAGUACUUUGAAGGGAUGAAAUGGUUUUCUAAAGGUUUUGAAAUGUGUCCACACAUGAUUGGACCAUUUGCAUAUUAAGAAAAGAGAUGUUAGGAAGCUCUUUGAUUUCCUUUCAAUUAUGUUGUUUGUAUGUUUCUGCUGGAAACUAUCAAUUGUUAAAACUACCAAUUAUUGAGAUGGACUGGACUCCAAAUGAAUAUAUUUCUGCUGUCGUUGAAAUGGGCUAUUAUGUAAAAUAAAUAGCAUCAUUGUUGUCUAGAUCAGGGAUUUUUCUACUGGGUUAAAUAUUUAUCUUAUCCAAAUAAGUUUCAAAAGUAGGUUUUGAUUAGUUUGAGGCUAGCAGUUUCAUGAUAGAUGUGUAUGUGUAUUCCAUAUUGUUUGCCUUCCCUGCAGCAAUAAUCAUUAACCAAACAGACACCGUCGGUUUGGUAAUGAUGCUUAUUUCAUGCCUCACUGACUGAACAACAUCUGUGAGAAGUCUCCAUCAGGCCUGGGCUUACCAUUGACACUGUGUUUGUGUGUGUAUGGGUGUGUGUGUGUGUGUGACGUGGGUAUGUGCGGAUGAUUGCGUGUGUGUCUCUGUGUGUCUGUGUGUGUCUGUGCAUGUGUGUGUGUCUGUGCAUGUGUGUGUGCAUUGCAUGCAUGCAUGCAUGCAAGAUCUCUUAUGUUUGUGCCUUUGUGAGCCAAAUGUAAUGUAUUUUGGAGGGUUAAAGUCAAUGAGUAAACCUAUGCAGUCUGGGUAAAGUCAUGAAUGUUCACUGAAGUGUACAAAAUAUGUAUUAUACCUGAUAUCUUUAUAAACUCAGCAAAAAAAGAAACGUCCUCUCACUGUCAACUGCGUUUAUUUUCAGCAAACUUAACAUGUGUAAAUAUUUGCAUGAACAUAACAAGAUUCAACAACUGAGACAUAAACUGAACAAGUUCCACAGACAUGUGACUAACAGAAAUGGAAUAAUGUGUCCCUGAACAAAGGGGGUGGGGUCAAAAUCAAAAGUAACAGUCAAUAUCUGGUGUGGCCACCAGAUGCAUUAAGUACUGCAGUGCAUCUCCUCCUCAUGGACUGCACCAGAUUUGCCAGUUCUUGCUAUGAGAUGUUACCCCACUCUUCCACCAAGGCACCUGCAAGUUUCCGGACAUUUCUGUGGGGAAUGGCCCUAGCCCUCACCCUCCGAUCUGACAGGUCCCAGACAUGCUCAAUGGGAUGGAGAUCCGGGCUCUUUGCUGGCCAUGGCAGAACACUGACAGGAGGACAGGAAAUCACGCACAGAAUGAGUAGUAUGGCUGGUGGCAUUGUCAUGCUGGAGGGUCAUGUCAGGAUGAGCCUGUAGAAAGGGUACCACAUGAGGGAGGAGGAUGUUUUCCCCAUAACUCAUUGCGUUGAAAUUGCCUGCAAUCACAACAAGCUCAAUCCGAUGAUGCUGUAACACACCACCCCAGACCAUGACGGACCCUCCGCCUCCAAAUCGAUCCCGCUCCAGAGUACAGGCCUCAGUGUAACGCUCAUUCCUUCGACUCGUCAGUGAAGAGCACUUUUUACCAGUCCUGUUUGGUCCAGCGACAGUGGGUUUGUGCCCAUAGGCUACGUUGUUGCCGGUGAUGUCUUAUGAGGACCUGCCUUACAAAAGGCCUACAAGCCCUCAGUCCAGCCUCUCUCAGCCUAUUGCGGACAGUCUGUGCACUGAUGGAGGGAUUGUGUGUUCCUGGUGUAUCUCGGGCAGUUGUUGUUGCCAUCCUGUACCUGUCCCGCAUGUGUGAUGUUCAGAUGUACCAAUCCUUUGCAGGUGUUGUUACACGUGGUUUGCCACUGUGAGGACGAUCAGCUGUCCGUCCUGUCUCCCUGUAGCGCUGUCUUAGGCGUACGGACACUGCAGUCCUUCUUGCAGCAUGCCCAAGGCACAUUCACGCAGAUGAAGAGGGACCCUGGGCAUCUUUUUUGUGUGUUUUUCAGAGUCAGUAGAAAGGCCUCUUUAGUGUCCUAAGUUUUCAUAACUGUGACCUUAAUUGAAGCUGUUAGUGUCUUAACGACUGUUCCACAGGUGCAUGUUCAUUAAUUGUUUAUGGUUCAUUGAACAAGUAUGGGAAACAGUGUUUAAACCCUUUACAAUGAAGAUCUGUGAAGUUAUUUGGAUUUUUACGAAUUAUCUUUGAAAGACAGGAUCCUGAAAAGGGGAUGUUUUUCUUUUUGCUGAGUUUACCUAGUGUAUGCCUUCAUUCACAUAUUUCAUUUAUUGGUCUUCUGCUGAUAAUCUCUUUUAGUUUUUUUAGUUUUUUUGUGAUAUUAUGGAAUUGGGAACCAAACUAUUUUAGCCGUAGCCUUUUUGCUGCCACAAAAAAAUAUUUUUAAUUGGGUUGGACCUGUAUGUAUAGAUACAAUAUUGCAUUUGUGCAAGUCAGCAUGAUUUGUUUUGCACAAGGAUGAUAAAAAAAAGUAAUUUUCAUGCAGUGUUUCAAUUUAUCCAGUCUAAUUUACAAAAUGAAGAAGAUGGAUCGAUAGCCUUUGUAAGAUGUGGACUCUGAAAAAGUGGAAUGUCUUCAGUAUUUCCUAGGUUGUUUAUGCAUGCUCAUAAAUACACCAUUUGCCAUGA